AUGACGACGGCCUUUCGCGAUCUGAGCCUCAAGGACGAUCUCCGAUGCGUCAUAUUGACCGGCGAUAAAGGGUUCUGUACUGGCAUGCAUGUGAACGAACUUGCCAAUCUGGCCACCCCUGACCAAGCCAGGAGCCUGAUUCUGAAGGUCUGUGAAGCAGGCCAAGCUAUUCGCGAAACAGCCGUACCCACUAUAGCACAAAUCCAAGGACGUUGCUAUGGUGCUGGACUCGAGCUGGCCGCCUCGUGUGAUUUCCGCUAUGCUCUGGAGGGUACUCAUUUCGCCAUGCCAGAGGUUGUGCUUGGAAUACCGUCCGUCGUCCAGGCGAGACUCCUAGCAAACAUCAUUGGGUGGCAGAAAACAAGGCAACUUCUCUUGGUCGGCAACAACAUCGACACGGAUCUUGCUUCCACCUGGGGUCUUGUUGAUUCCGUCUGUCCCACAGCUGACAGCCUCCAUUUCAAUGUACUUGAGACGGCGCAGAGCAUUUGUGAUAAUGGCCCACUCGCCACGAAAUCUCAGAAACGCCUGAUCAAUUAUUGGGAAGAGAAUGAUCUUAAGUCGGGCAUCGAUGCUAGCGUGGAUGCCUUCGCGGAGGCUUUCGAGGGAGGAGCUGCCGAACCCAAGGAAUACACACAGAGAUUCUUCGCAAGGAAGCAAAAGGCUAAAAAGGAGCACGAAGCAAGACAGGCGACAAAGACCACGGACGGGACAGCAUGA